UCCCAGCUCUCAGUAUCAUCACCGUAUAUGGAUUUAUGAACAUCACACCACAGCAAACAACUCAUUUUCAUUUUUCUUUUGUUUUUUCAAAACCAAAUUUGAAAAACCAUCCCCUCCUCUCCAUUCCCAAUGGGAACAACAAAGAGGGGAGAGAAAUAGAAAAUUUCAACAACCGAACCCAUUUCUUCCAUUCUCUCUCUCUCUCUCUCUAUUACUCUUUGUUUGAUGUUGCACAGAUCAAUCUCAUCAUCCCCUUUUCACGUUUUUAGAUAAUAUAUAUAUAUAUAUAGAUUCAUUCAUUAGAUAGAAGAAUUGCUAGAAUUUGAGUUAUGGGUACAGAGGUGUUGCGUCCUCAGGAUUGUUUGAUCGAACGGGUCAGAGUUGCUCCGGCCGUUUUUCACCACCGCCGGAAAAACUUUGUUGUCCCUGGAAGCCAAUACCCGAACCCCAACCCUAAGUCCACUAGCCGUAAACCGGCAGUUCGGCCGGAGCAGAGAAAGCGAUCCGAACCGUUGAUUUCGAAUAGAUCGGCGAGUUUGGCUGAUCUGAAGAAGAGUCACAACCAUCUCGUGACGGGACAGGUGACGAUUCUCAGGAGAGGCGAGUCACUCGAUUCGAAGAUCGGAGAUCACAACCGUGGCCCGGCGACGAAGAGUUCCGGCGACGAUCUGGUUUUGUACGGGUCGAAGAUGUUGGGUCCGGAUCCGGGAAUGGUCCGGAAGGAGAUCCAGAUCGGAGAACUCAGAUCCGUUUCUCUCUCUCCUCCGGUGUUCUCCUCCGUCGACCGGGAGUACGCCGGAUCGGCGUUUUCGAUGUCGCCGUCGCCGAGAUCACUUCCUCUGCCGUCGUUCUUCAACAAGAAGCAAGUCUCGAAGGUCGCCGUCGACGGCGACUCCGCCACCAGAGACCUCCGGCGACUUCUCCGGCUGGACUGAAGCUGAAAAACGCUGUCGUUUUUUCUUCAAGGAUUGGUAGAUCUAGAAGUAUCUAGAUCCGUAUUUUUAUGUGGUAUUUUGGUUCGUUCGAUUUCGAGGUCUAGCCUUUCCGUUAUUUUUUGAAAUGGAGAGGGUAAAGGUGUAUGAAAGUCGAGAUGUGAAUCAAGGAGAUGGGGUGUUAAUGAAAAUUAUGUUUUAAAUGUGGGGUUAAUUUAGAAUUUUGGAGUUAAAGGAGUUGAUCAUGGUAUGUAGUAUGGGAAUGGGGGGGGGGGGGGGUUUACAUCAGCAAUAUGAGGAAGUGUGAGGGUGGGGAUGUGAAAAAUGUUCUUUCUGCUGGUGUUUGUGUUGAUGUUGAUGUUGAGAUUGGGGUCUCAUCUGUAUCUGUCUUCUCUUAUGUUAAAUGUAUGGUUGAAUGUUUUUGGGGGGUUAAAUUUGGGCUGAAUUUGGUUUUCAUUUCAUUUUCUCUUUUGUUAAGAGAAUUUCUUGUGUAGUUUCUUCCAUGAUUUUUCUCUAUGUAAGUUUGGUCUUUUGUGUACAAAGAAGUAGAGGAAUCUCCUCUUCAUAAUAAAUUCAUGAAUAUUUGGGUUUGUCA